CAUGAAUCAACUUCAGUACAUUUGAUUUUCCACCCCACGGAUCCCAUCACUCUCCUAAAAACUUUCAGGACCAAGCCAGAGCUAAGUGCGAAAGUUACUUGAUAUCGAAUGCGAUCUAGUUGGUGGUCGAUGGGCUUUCUAUGGUGUGGAUUUGCCAACCCAGACCACCGUGUUAUCCUUUCAAGCCUGCUUCUUGUUGAAGUGUGGUAUGCUAUCCUAUCCCUUCUUUCCAAGGUACCGAUUUUAUGCUUUCUUGUGAGGAGCACAAGUCUCGUGGACCCUGUUCUGGACUCUGAGCGCGACUCGAUGAUCUACUUUCUUCAACUCUCUCAUGACCACCGACCAACACAUUUUAUUAUUAAUACUAUGCACCAUAAUUCCCCUGAAAGUUCUGCAAACGUCCGGUGUAAGGACCACACAUUCCUGAUACCAAUAUGCACUCUGAGAAACGUGUUAACGUUUAUGGCGAUUGAUUCAUGUCGUCUUCUACCGUCGUCAAUCUGAUUGCUUUGAUAUGGUACACGUGUGCGAAACUCGUUACAAAACAUGAUAUAUCCAUACAUACAAUGCGAAUCGGCGAUUUGUCCGUUGGAACAGUAACAGUGCAGGAAACAGAAAAAAAGGUAGGUAGCUAAUGCGUUGGGUAAGAAGAGAGAGAUGAUGCCUCUUAAUUCAAGGUCGGCUCCUCUGCAUCAGGCGCAAAGCGAAGUCGCGCAAGGAGUAUGGUA